AUGACUCAAUUAAUACCUCUUUCAUUCACUUCUCCAGAAUAUAUGAAACUUUCUUUUUCUUUUAAAUCACAUUUUCCAGACUGGAAGGUUACCAUCUAUUCGAUUAUCAAGGUCAAUAUGCCUGAACAUAUUAUUAAAAAACACCAAGAAUUUAAGAAAAACCAGGGAGUUGAUGCGAAUGUUUUACAAUUAUAUCAUGGAACAAAACAUUCUUGUAAUAUUAAAGAAUUGAAUUGUGCAGAGAUGUUGUGCAAAAAUACAGAAUGCUGUACCUGUGGAAUUGUUCGAAACGGACCUCGGCUAUCUUUAGCGAAAACUUGUGAAAUUGGAAAAUUCAUCUGGCUAGCACCAACUGCCAAUAUGUCUCAUGAAUAUACUGGCGUAAUUCCUCCACAGAAUCAAACAACUUCUAAAUACAUAAAUUGUCGUGCAGUGUUUUUGAUGGAUGUAGUUACCCCCGAGCAAUUUAACGAUACGUACUUUGUUAGGUCUGAAGAGGUUUGCUGUUUUACCGCAAUAUCUUGUCCUUUACGAUGCAUGAAAGCUGUUGCUUGUAUUGUUACGCGACAUUUAGAUAGUUAUAUUGGGGAAAACAAAAUUAUUGAAAUGUACAGGAUUGACGAAAAAGAUACCCGAAUAGAAGGAAAUGGUGUUUCACACUCUCAAGAAAGACAACCAGUUCCAGAAGAAUUGAUCACUCUAGAGAAGUUCCCCUUAGAAAAAGUUUCGGACAAAAUGCCAACAA